AUGGCUGUAACUACCACGGAGACCAUUGCUGCUCCCACAUCUGUGCGAACAUCGUGUUCAUCCUCUCUUGUCAAGCUUUCGCCUUAUCAUCUCGGGAUAUGUCGAGCAACAGCUGAGCCAGCGCCUGGAGCAAUUUCCAAAGCGAACGAACUCCUGCAGAAGAACCACAACGAAUGGCAUGUGCUCUUCCAGGACAAAGCGGGUCACAAUCACAUGGCGCACAGUAUACUCACUUGCCUCGCUCUUGGUGCCACGCCUGAAGAGAUACAACGUGCCCACGACGAUCUCCUACCCAUUCAGCGCGUCAUUCCUCCCGUUGAUCAUGCUCUUGUCGACCGACUAUACAACGAUGAAGUGUUCCGCUCAAAUAUGGGCAACCCAGCCCAAUAUGGUAACUUCUUGACGUUCUUUCGGCGAAGAAUCGAUGAGACGUCCUGGAGAGAAGUUGUGCAUCAGUACGUGUUUAGUAAAACAUGGCUUGCUGAAGUCAUCUUCUCCCGCAUGUACGAUGGCGCGUAUCAUCCAAUCAUUCACUUGGGGCUGGGAAUGGAGUUUGAGCAGCCUGCUAUCAUCGCCGAAGGCUUAGCACAAGCGGCAGUCGAUGACGACAGCCACAUCGGCCGGCUGCUGUUUGAAUGCGAGGCUGCUGCGGCCAAGUCAGGAAAGCCAGCAGUCCAGAGGCCUCUGAUCGAACUUUUGCACGAAGUGCGAAAGAAUGAGACAAUUCGCUAUGCUCCAAAAUGGGAGCAAUUCCCGUUCAAGAUGAGAGACGGCAUCGUUGCUGGAGCCACCCCUGAUAUGACAGCCAUCGCGAAGCAAUUUACCGUGACUUCUGAUAACCUGGAGCGGCGUACAGCUGAGAUGAUGAGCACUUGUGCAUACAUGGCUGCUGCCGCCCAGAGACCAGGCAAGAAGAACAAGAUCGAUUUCUUCUACAUGCAUGCCGUAACGAGCUCUAUUUUCCUCCCCGUCGUGCUUCGUCAGUCAUGGAUCAGCCUGGAGGACAAGAUGCGACUGGUGGAGUGGAAGGGCCGGGCAGACCUUGCUUGGUAUGCAUUCAGUGGUUGUGCUGCGCUCGAUCGUAAUGCCAUGACUGAGUACGAGGGUCCUCUCACUAAGGACAUGGGUUGGGAUAACCUCUUUGCAGCCGUGCGGAAAGAGCAUGAUGAUGGACACAUCGCCAAGUUUAUCCGUGCUGUCAAGCAUGGUGAAGAGAUUAGUCAAGCAUACGAAAAGGGCGAAUGGGCUGACGCUUUCCCUGUCAAUGGCGACAUGUGGCUUAAGGUGGCUUGCAUGUCUCUUGACACGACCAAGGAUUUACCCAAGGAUCAAAAGUGGGUCUUUGGUACCGGGUUUGAUCAGGCAUGGAAACGACCAGAUUUGUUGUAG